AUGGCAAUCUCAGAGACACGAAAGAGACAGUUCAUUGCUUUCUCAGUAGUGGUCUAUGGAUUGACCUUUUACUCAGUUUACGAUGCAGUAAGAACAAGUGUCUCAUUUCUACAAACAAUUAUCAAAUUAAGACAGGGUUUUAAUGUGAUUAUUUUGACUGUGUUUGCCAUUUUGAACUCGGUACUACUUUGGAAACUUUCUACUUCUCUACUGUUGGGCGAUUUGCGGCUUAUAGAGUAUGAACAUAUCUUCGAAAGAUUACCGUUUACCAUCAUCAACACUAUGCUGAUGUCUUCGAUGUUCAAUGAACACGAUUUCUUCACUGUGGCCGUGUUGGGGCUGCUUUUGCUCUACAUGAAGGUAUUUCAUUGGAUUUUGAGAGAUAGGCUUGAAGCCCUAUUGCAGACCAUUCAGGACUCCACAACUCUGCGUGACCUUAUUUUAACCAGGUUCAUCUUCAAUCUUUUAUUAUUAGCGGUGGCUGAUUAUAACAUCAUUUCUCACUGUGUUACAAACUCACUAGCUAACAGUUUCGGCGCCUCAGCGUCAGUGCAUCUGAUGAUGGGCAUGGAGUUCGCGAUGUUGUUGAUCGAUCUCGCGAAUAUCUCCUUGCACACACUGCUGAAUUUCUAUGAGUUUUAUAAGUCCCAUAGCCAUGGCACGCAGCGUCGUCGUAAUAUUGUCGAUGAUGGUGACGGCGAAAUGGAUGACAAUCAGUUUAUGGGGCUAGAAGGAAAGUUCAUUUAUGAAAGAAUCAUCGAUAUAGCAACUAGAUUCCUCAAGACUGUGCUGCAUGCUUUGUUGCUAAUUCCAUUCAAAAUGCCAAUGAUGCUGAUAAAAGACGUUCUCUGGGACUUUCUGACACUGCAACAGAAUGCGAAAACUUUAUGGAAAACUUGGCGAAAUAACAAGCAAUUGGAUUAUAAGCUUCCAACAGUGACGCAAGAACAGAUGGGGGACGUGGAUAAUAUGUGUAUCAUCUGCAUGGAUGAGCUUUUUACUGGACAGGAUGGAUCCAGUCAUCGCAACAAGCCCAAGAAGUUGCCCUGUGGACAUGUUCUCCAUCUAUGUUGUUUGAAGAAUUGGAUGGAAAGAUCUCAAACCUGUCCUAUCUGCAGAUUGGCUGUCUUUGACGAAAAUGGUAAUGUUGCACAGUCCACAUCUAGUCCAAGUCCCACAACGACAGAGACUGAAGGCCAACCUAGCGGUACCAGUGGGGAACCAGCUGCGUUCACGAUGCAAGCUUCAGAUGCAGAAACGCAAGAACCGGGAGCCUCAGCCGUGCAGCAUGGUAACGAAGAUACGGAUGGUAAUCCUAACCGAGGUACCAGAAAUACUUGGUAUACGUUCCCUAUAGAAGAAUCCAGUAAUGAUUCUGUAUGUUUCACUAUGAAGAGCGCAAAUGGUGAUCAACUGAUUCCUGCUAGGCUACGCUUUGAAAAGAAAACUGACAUUGAAAGUUCAAACAAUGGACUGAAUGACGAUAAUGAUAGUAAUGAGGUUGAGGUGAUUGUAAUACCAGACGAUGCUAUUAGUGAUCAACAAAAUAUUGAGGGUCUGAAAAGAAGAAUUUCAGAAUUGGAGAGUCAAGUUGAGGAUCUCACUAAACGCGUGAGAAAGGAUUAG